UUGGGGAAACCGAUCUCGCUCCGUCCUCCCGCUGCGUCGAUUCCUUUCAGGGGUGCAAUUGUGAGUGUGAUUUAGCUGCGAGAACAUUGAUUCAUGUUCUGCAAGCAUCUUGGUUCACAGCUCCGCUCUUACGCGUUAGUGGGUUUAUGGAGAACCGAAGGAUCAGUCUGUUUUGUGUUUUCUAGGAUCUCGUGCUAGGUUGCGAGGUCUAGGAGGUGUGGAUUGUGGAGAGAGGGGUUUUGGUUGGUUUACUGUAGUGAUUUUUAUUCUCAAUCUGGAGUUUCGAAUCGUGACGAGAAAAUUUGGGAGCCGGAAGGAUUGUAAAGGUGGGUACUGAAUUAGGUCUGGAGCACCGGGUCGUGCGUGAAAGGAUGUGGAGGUGAGAGCUAGCGAAAAAGAAGAAGCGAGAGCAAGAACGAUGAUGAACCACGGAGGUGAUGGACCCGCUGCGACAAACCUGCGUCGGGAUCCUUUCAAAACUUCAGUGGGGAAAGGCGCUGGACAGAGGAGACGACAAGCAGCUAUCACUAUUGGGAAGGAUCGACGGGAUUCUGUCGUGCGGGCGAAGCGGCUGAGGAGAGCAGACCCUGCAGAUCAUGGGGAUGGUGAUGCCAUGCAGCUUGCUGCAGUUGCCGCAGAUGACGACGUUGCUUACAAACUCCUUGAAGACAGCACUGCUGCUGCUGUCCUCAACCUCAAAAACAUAGGUAAAAAAGCAACUCCAAAGAAAGUGGAGGCUUUGCAGACUCUGAGGCGGCUACUGUCGUGCUCGGCAUAUCCACCUGUUCAUGUUGCUGUGCAAGCUGGUGUAGUGCCUCUCCUUGUUGAUUGUCUGGGUUUCGGUGCAUCUGAGGACCAGCUAUUUGAGGCAGCAUGGUGUUUGACAAACAUUGCUUCUGGAGAUCCCGAACAAACACGUGCUGUGGAGCCAGCUUUGCCUCUUCUUAUCCUUCACCUUGGAGAGAAGAAUCCAGCCCGAGUGGUAGAGCAGUGUGCUUGGGCAUUAGGAAAUGUAGCCGGCGAAGCGGAAGAUCUACGCGAUUGGUUACUACGACAAGGCGCCCUUUCAGCGCUAGCUCGGAAUCUCUCCUCCCCCAUUAUCACUCUGGUUCGCACAGCUGCCUGGGCUUUAUCUAAUCUUAUUAAGGGACCCAACUCCAGAGCAGCGACAGAGCUCAUGAAGAUGGACGGUAUUGUUGACACUCUUGUUCGACUCGUAUCAAAUGGGGAUGACGAAUUGGUUGUAGAAGUUGCGUGGGUUUUGGUCUAUGUGACAUCUAUGUCAGAUCUACAUUCAAGCCAACUCAUCCAUGCUGGUCUUCUCCCGCCCCUUGUGGCUCGCCUGGCCGUAUCCCACCAUCAACCGUUACUCACACCGGUUCUACGAACCAUCGGUAACAUUGUAGCCAGUGACAAUUCGAAGUGCGAUGCUGUGUUAGCCGCUGGCCAGUCUCUUCCAGGUGGGAUCAAUGGUGCCCUAGCAAGAAUCUUGGAGACUGAGCAUCGCACUCUACAAAAGGAAGCCGCUUGGGUAGUAUCUAACUUGGCGGCAGGCUCCAUCUUGCACAAACGAGCAGUGUUCAAUGGAGGGGCUGUUUCUCCACUUCUAUAUCUUCUUGCUACGUCAACAUUUGACGUUAGGAAAGAGGCAGCUUAUGCGUUGGGGAACUUAUGUGUGGCUCCGCGUGAUCAAGGAGAAGAAGGGAAACCUAUUCUGGAGCAUUUGAAUGUUUUGGUGGACCGAGGCUGCCUCAUGGGCUUCAUAGCUCUUGUAAAAUCUCCCGAUCUAGAAUCUGCUAGACUGGGGUUGCAGUUCCUAGAGCUGGUUAUGCGAGCACUACCUGAUGGGAAAGGGCCAAAGCUUGUUGAGAAAUUGGAUGGCAUUGCAGCUAUGGAGGAGCUUCAAUUUCAUGCUAACGAAGAACUGCGAAUUAUGUCAAAUAUGUUGAUUGAUCAGUACUUCGGUGAAGACUACGGCUUAGAGGAGGAGUUUGUGUCAGGUGAUGCAAGAACCCAGUAUGGCCCAGAGUAUCCUCCUUGGCGGAGGGGAGGAUUGGCUGCUUAAACGAGGGAAGUGUUUACUCGAGGUGUUCUUGGCGAUAUUUGUACAGUAAUUUUAAAGUAAUAAAAGCACAUUUGCAGGUAUCCUGAGUUCCUUAUUUAAGAAUAGUUGUAGAUCAGGUUGUGAGUGUGUCGCAAGGUUCAGGUGUGUUUUUAAAAGAUGAUUUCUUUUGUCAAAUCUUAGUUCAUCCUC